GCGCGCGUAUAGGGUAAGGGAUUUGUCUCGCAUAUGGAGUAUCUGCCAAUGGUUUUGUCCUCACCUUCGUAUUGUAAUCAACUUGACCGUAUCCCGUUGCUGCGAUACAAUAAUUUGCAGAGACACACAAGGGCUUGUAGGAAUAUUGUUUUACAGUAUUCAGCACUACUCUAUUGAGAAAUAUAAUGAGAAUUAACUGAAGUAGAUCAUUUCCCCAUUGCGACCCACAGUGUGAAGACUGCACUGAUGCCCUAGCUUCCAUGUCAUGCAUGGCCUUACAAAUGACUGGAGACCGAAUAAAAUCACCAAAUAAAAUCAACACUGGAUUGGAGCGAUUUUGCAGAUUUUUAGGCGUGUGACCAUUCGCUUUGGUUCAGUGCAGCAGCGGAGCUUUUCAAGCCAUUCAACCACACCUAGCGUUCAUCCUUGGUAUUCACUUUGCAUCUGCACGGGUACUGAAGCUGCAGUCACUCUGUAGGUUCAGUGUGCAGUUCUGGUUGAAUGUCUUUAAAGGACAUCGUGUCUACGUCGCCAAGGGAGAACAUUCAGCACCGGGGCUCAAAACGGACAAAACGAUAAGCAGUUUGUCUCAAGGAUGUCACGCCAGCGCACAGAAUCGGUCUUUGGGAGAGACAGGUGCAGCGAAGAAAGGGAUUAAUGUACAAAAGGUUAACUGGAGUAUACCGACACCGACUAGACUUCUAAGAUUUCCUGCGCCCCGCGCCCAGCGCCCAGUUAUCAGUUCGAGGACAGCAUUUUGAAUUUGACUGAGGAACAUAAAACGAGGGCAUUAAACAUACCAGCUCUGGUGCCCCGGCUGCCAUGGCGACGCUCCGCUCCACUCUCACCGUGCUCCUGGGGCUUCUCCAGCUGGCCAGCGCCUCCUUUCCAGAGGAACCGGGUCCUCUGAUCUCCACCCCCGCUGAGGUGGCCAGACGCUAUCCUGUGUUUCUGGGUCGAGCCCAUCGCUCAUACGUGCGCCAGGAGCUUCUACACAUCCAGAGUGUCCUCAAAGUGAACCGCACCCUGUACAUCGGCGGCAGAGAUGACCUUUAUAGAGUUGAGCUAGACAACAUUGCAGGGGAUGAAAUGUUCUACAGCAAGAAGAGAACUUGGGAAUCCAACAGAAAUGACAUCCGCAUCUGCCGGAUGAAGGGCAAGCACGAGGAGGAAUGCCGUAAUUAUAUGAAGGUGCUUCUGAGCCAGUAUGGGGGACUGUUUGUAUGCGGGACCAACGCCUUCAAUCCUCUGUGUGCCAACUACACCAGGGACACUCUGGAGCUGGUGGGGGAGCCAAUUAGUGGGAUGGCACGCUGCCCAUAUGACCCCAAACAUGCCAAUGUGGCUCUGUUUGCAGAGGGGAGUCUCUUCACUGGCACAGUGACAGAUUUCUUGGCCAUCGAUGCUGUGAUCUACCGCAGCCUGGGGGACAGCCCAGCCCUGCGCACCGUCAAGCAUGACUCCAAAUGGUUCAGAGAGCCCUAUUUCGUGAGCGCAGUGGAGUGGGGUCCUCACAUCUACUUCUUCUUCAGGGAAAUGGCCAUGGAGUUUAACUACCUGGAGAAGGUGAUGGUGUCGCGGGUGGCUCGUGUGUGUAAGGGGGAUCUGGGCGGCUCCCAGCGCGUCCUGGAGAAGCAGUGGACGUCCUUCCUCAAGGCCCGGCUCAACUGCUCCAUCCCUGGGGACUCGCACUUCUACUUCAACCUGCUGCAGGCCACGAGCCCCGUCCUCAACCUCAACGGACGAGACGUCAUCCUGGGGGUCUUCUCCACCCCCGCCAACAGCAUUCCUGGCUCGGCCGUGUGUGCCUUUGACAUGCAGCAGCUGGCUCGGGUGUUUGAAGGGAGAUUCAAGGAGCAGAAGUCCCCAGAAUCCAUCUGGACACCUGUCCCCGAUGAGCUGGUCCCCAAACCGAGGCCUGGUGGGUGUGCUGUGCAGGGCUCCAGGUUCAGCUCCUCAAACUCUUUCCCAGAUGAGGUUCUGACCUUCAUUAAAACUCACCCCCUCAUGGACGAGGCCAUCCCCCUGUUGGGUCACAGACCCUGGAUCGUUAAGACCAUGGUCAGGUACCAGCUCAACACCAUGGUGGUCGACACAGAAGCCGGGCCGCAGAAGAACCGGACCGUGGUGUUCCUGGGCUCCACAAGAGGAACAGUUCUCAAAUUCUUAAUUGUUCCUAACAAGGACGAUCCAGGAUCCAACGGCAACAUCUUUCUUGAGGAGCUCGAGGGGUAUAACCCAGAGAGGUGUGGGGUUGACACUGUGCAGGCGCGGCAGCCCCUGUCUUUAACACUGGACCGGCCCAGCCACACCCUACUCAUGGCCUUCCAGUCUUGUCUGGUACGGCUGCCAGUGGCCCGCUGCCACCUACACUCCCGCUGCAUGAAAAACUGCAUUGCCUCCAGGGACCCAUACUGCGGCUGGACCAGAGGGAGCACUUGCUCUCUGCUCCGGCCAGGAACUCGCUUGCCCUUUGAGCAGGAUGUGGAGAACGGUAACACCACCCACCUUGGAGACUGCGAUGGUCUCUUAAGGGAGAGCUUCAUGGAUGAGCCUGAGAGUCUGGUAACUCUGAAUCUGCUGGUCGUGGCCGCAGUGUCGGCCUUCUCCACGGGGGCGGCGCUGUCGGGCCUGGCCGUGUGCUGGAUCAUGGGUCAGAAGCACCGACAGCGCUCCCGCAGCCGAGCGUCCGGCUCCGGCUCCCAGCGCAAGUCUGAGAAGGAGCCGCACGGCAUGCUGGGACCCAGCGGCGCCGGCUCGGUCAUCAGUGUGUCGCGUCACAGCGUGGGGACCACCGGAGAACGGCGCUCUCAGGGGGAGACGCUCUUCGUCAUGCCCAACGGCUGGGUGAAGGCCGGGGACCUGGACCCAGGGCUGCUGCCCACGCCGGAGCAGACGCCGCUGCAGCAGAAGAGGCCCCCGCCCGGCCUGCGCAUGUCCCAGUCCGGCUCCAGCUGGGACCAGAGCCAGAGCCAGAUCUACCUGAACUCGGUGGGGACUCAGUGCCCCCCGCCGGGGAGCGCCAUCUUCCUCAGCUCCAAGCUUCUGCACGGGGCAGGCGGUGGGAGCCGCCGGCUAGAUGACCACAACGACAGCAUGGAUCGCCAGACGUCCCGCUACGUCUCCCUGUCCAAGUACCGCGAGCAGAACCGGCCCGGAGCACCCCUGCGCAAGUCAGCCGGAGACUACAACUACCCCAUGACGCCGCAGGACUCGCCCGACCGCAGGAGAGUGGUGUCCGCCCCCAGCACCCAGGUGGAGUACGGCGAGCCCCUGCGCUGGACUCACGACGGCUACAUCAUCAGCAGCCACGGCAUGCCGCCUCCCUCCUCCGGCCACCACUACCCCGGCCCCCCGCACCCCCCAGGCAUGACCCGCUCCGUGCUGCACGGCUCCAGAGGACUGGCUGAGCUGGUGGACUACAGCCACCUCCUCAGCAAAGCAGGCGGCGAGCGCAGCACCAUGGGCCAGUGAAGGCUGAGGCAGUGGAGCCCUGCCCAGGUCCUCUGGCUUCAUCCAUCUCCAGCUGACUACCCUCCGGGAUAUCAGUCCGCUCUCUGAGCUUCCCUUCCCCUUCAAUCUGCAUUCCCAUGCCUGGCUGUUUCAGUUGGCUCUUAUUGUUGCCUAUUGUUCCCUAUCUCAUCCUCUCUGCUGCUCCCUCUGUCCGUAUCUCUCUGUGCCUGUGCCUGUGCCUGUGCCCUGUCUGGCUGGGAGGAGCUGGUUCUGACGAUCUGAUACUGCAGCACUGCCUAAGACUGAGUAAGCUAGGGAUUCACGCUCCAAAGCCGCUGCCACCACCCCACUGCAGGCCAGCCUGUGCUCAAGAGCCAGAGACUUCAGGAGCUCCACAUCACGACAGAAGACAGCGAACAUCAGUGAAUAGUCCAUCCCGGCGAGCCCGCCAUCCCUCUGUUACCAUAGCUCCACAUCCAUCCACUCAUGUUGGGCUCAAAAUGGCAGCUCUGCCCUUAGCAGGUGUGGAAGAGAGAUGUAAUAAACACGCCAGGCUGGAGGAUUCAGAGACGGAGGAGACGAGUGCCAAGGGACAUCCAUUUCUCCUGAAAUACAGCCAAUAGGGAACACUAUAACCCGCAAACACGUCUGAAUGUGAACGUGGAACCCGAACUCACAGUGACUU